AGGUACUACCAUACGAUCUAUGGUUAUCCACAUUGUUCUGUUUUCUCUAUCUUAUUAAUGCAAAUAUAUAUUUAUACUCAGAGUCAGAACUCACUUAAUUAUGUACCCCCAAACUCCAUAAUUAGACUCUAAUCAUUGCUAUUUUAAUAUGUCCCAAAAUUUAUACUGUUCAUAUGGGACAACUUUCCAACAAAGCUUUGUCCUUAUGUAUCACCUAGAUGCACAUGUCUAUUAUUCCAAACUCAGGGGAACAACUCACCUUUUUUCUAUUACAUCUUCAAACUGAGAACUGACUCAGCUUAUCUGAGAAGCUCCGCUUCACCCACUCACCUAUCAUGGAGGAUUUCAACAAGUUAGAACAAACACAAGUAGCAGCAGAAGCUAAUAUACAGACACAACGACAAGAUGAACAAGAACACGACCCUGAAAGCAACACACUCCAUGAACCUCUGCUCAAAGUAAAUCGAACGCUUUCUUCGAAUCAACUCGCCAUAGUUGGAGGAAAGGUUUCUCAUAUAGAGAGCUUGGACUACGAGAUAAACGAAAAUGAUCUAUUCAAGCAAGACUGGAGAAGCAGAUCAAAAGUGCAAGUACUGCAGUAUAUCUUCUUGAAAUGGUUGUUGGCUUUCCUUGUGGGCCUCCUAACUGGAUUGAUAGCCACUCUCAUCAAUCUUGCGGUUGAAAAUAUUGCAGGAUACAAACUUCUGGUCGUGGCGAAAUAUAUAGAGCAGAAAAGAUAUUUAGCAGGAUUCGUAUAUUUGGCCGGAGCAAACUUUCUUCUAACGCUGGUAGCUUCCGUUCUGUGUGUUUGUUUUGCACCCACUGCUGCUGGUCCCGGAAUUCCUGAAAUAAAAGCUUAUCUUAAUGGAAUUGACACCCCCAACAUGUUUGGUGCGCCAGAGUUGAUUGUGAAGAUCUUUGGAAGCAUAGGAGCUGUUUCUGCAGGGCUAGAUCUCGGAAAAGAAGGGCCUCUAGUUCACAUCGGUUGCUGCGUCGCAGCCCUAUUAGGUCAAGGUGGGCCCGACAAGUACCGAAUCAAAUGGCGAUGGCUAAGAUACUUCAACAACGACAGAGACCGGAGAGAUUUAAUCACCUGUGGCUCGUCUUCCGGGGUAUGUGCUGCUUUUCGAUCACCGGUCGGUGGGGUCCUCUUCGCUCUUGAGGAGGUGGCGACGUGGUGGAGAAGUGCUCUUCUGUGGAGAACUUUCUUCAGCACAGCAGUCGUGGUUGUAGUGCUAAGGGCAUUUAUGGAGUUCUGCAAAUCCGGAAACUGUGGAUUAUUCGGCAAAGGAGGCUUGAUCAUGUUUGAUGUCAGCGGUGUUUCUGUGAGUUAUCACGCGGUGGAUAUUAUCCCUGUGGUUGUGAUAGGAGUGAUUGGCGGCGUUUUGGGAAGCCUAUAUAACCAUUUUCUCCACAAGAUUCUCAAAGUCUACAAUGUCAUAAAUCAGAAGGGCAAAUUGCAUAAACUUCUUCUCAGCCUGAGUGUAUCCAUCUUCACUUCUAUAUGCAUUUUCGGACUUCCUUUCUUAGCAAAGUGCAAACCUUGCGACAAAUCCCUUUUAGAAGCUUCCUGUCCCACAACCGGACGAGAGGGAAAUUUCAGACAGUUCAACUGUCCAAACGGCCAAUACAACGACCUGGCCACACUUCUCCUCACCACGAAUGACAAUGCUGUUAGACACAUUUUCUCCAUAAACACUCCAACAGAAUUCCAUAUUCUCUCUCUAUCUAUCUACUUCGCACUAUAUUGUGUAUUAGCGCUAGUCACCUUCGGGAUUGCAGUCCCAUCGGGCCUCUUUCUUCCCAUCAUUCUCAUGGGCUCAGCUUAUGGACGUAUUCUCGGUAUUGCCAUGGGAUCAUACACAAAACUCGAUCAGGGCCUAUAUGCCGUUCUUGGAGCAGCCGCACUUAUGGCUGGUUCCAUGAGAAUGACAGUUUCACUAUGCGUCAUAUUUCUCGAGCUUACAAACAACCUUCUUUUGCUACCCAUAACAAUGCUAGUUCUUCUAAUAGCUAAAACGGUAGGAGACUGCUUCAACCCGAGCAUCUACGAUACAAUUCUGGAACUAAAAGGACUACCUUUCUUGGAUGCACAUCCCGAGCCGUGGAUGAGGAAUAUCACAGUUGGCGAGCUUGCUGAUGCCAAGUCAGCAGUUGUUACAAUUGAAGGAAUCGAGAAAGUGGGUCGUAUAGUGGAUGUCCUGAGGAACACCACACACAAUGGUUUCCCAGUUGUGGAUGCUGGAGUGGUCCCACCAAAUGAACUUCAUGGGCUGGUUCUGAGAGCUCAUCUGAUCUUAGCCCUGAAGAAGAAGUGGUUCCUGCGAGAAAGACGAAGAACAAAGGCAGAGGAGGUGAGAGAGAUAUUUACUUCCGCUGAUUUGGCUGAAAGGGGAGGCAAGAUUGAAGAUGUGAUAGUGAGUGAUGAUGAAAUGGAGAUGUUUGUAGAUUUAUAUCCAUUGAUCAAUACAACUCCAUACAGUGUGAUCGAAAGCAUGUCCGUAGCGAAGGCGAUGGUGCUCUUUAGAGAAGUGGGGCUCCGACAUAUGCUCAUUCUGCCCAAAUAUCAAGCAUCUGGGGUGGCUCCAGUGGUUGGAAUUUUGACAAGGCAAGACUUGAUAGCCCACAACAUUUUGUGUGCCUUCCCUCAACUGGAAAAGUCCAAUGCAAGUAAAAAGGGUCGUUAAUAAAUAUCCAGAAAAAUAAUCACAUUCUUCUUUGGAAUUUUCCUAUAUUUAUCGAACAAUACAUUCUUCUACCAGAUUCAAAAGUACAUAAUAUCCAAAUGUGUGUAGGCUGUUUGUCACCAUACACUUUUACAGAAAGUUCAGAAUUCAACUCAUCUAUUUGAGGAAUUCGCUAUGUACAAUAUUGUUCUAUGGCGAAGGCAUGUAUGUAAAAUAGAAAACUGAAAUUAUUUUCUUCAUUCCAAAUUUUCAA